AUGCUUGUCACUAACCGAGACCACGUGCAGGUGAUUCAAGUCGAUCAACGUGUUCCAAUUGUCGAAAGUCUGGAGUCGAAUGUACCCGUGGAUAUAGUUGUCCAGCCAGAGAGAGGAACUGGGGCUGCCAAAAGCGAGUACAGCUUCUCGGAACAGCAAACUUGGGUACGAACAACGAACCGCUCUUUCAGCUUUGUUGACGAGACCGAAGAUGUGGUCAACAUCCAUGCUGUUGUCACCGGGGAGCCCGGGGCCGACGACGGCAGCACGAACACCUACUUAGGGACUCCACAUAGACAUGAAAGUCCACAGGACUACCUUGCUUUACUAUCUGCUGCUUCUUCUCCAGUUCCAGAUUUGCUGUCUCACUCUCGAAGCUCAGGAAUAAAAUCGCACGCCUCACAUGAUGCCCUCUACGGCCGGGAUGGCAUCAGGAAGCAACGAAGACACUUGCGACCCAGUCCAAACGCGAGCUCUGCAACACAAGAUGCCAGACAAAAUCCAGCCAAAGAGUUCCAUCAUCACGACGACACGUCUGCAUCGAGCGGUCAUACUGGAGCCUCGAUACAAUGGGAUCUACUUCACCUUGGAGAAGAUUUGACACUCGAUUUUCCAAACAUCCAACACAUCUUUGAAGCGAUAGAUCCCCAACUAGAAGACAAAUCCACCGGCAACGACAGAACCUACGUCGAAACACCACUAUGGCCCCUUCAAGACCGUCAGGAAGCCUUCCUCUACAGAUACUUCGUCGACAACCUCGCACCUCUCUUCGACAUGUGCGACAACGAUAGACACUUUGCCAAGGUGGUGCCGAAGAGAGCAGUCUACUGCCCGACACUACUGAACGCGAUGUUUUCAGCUUCCGCAAAACGUCUUAGUCGAACAAUUGGCGUUGAUGGAGUCAUUGCCGACCGAUACCAUCAAAUAUGCCUUCGCUCGUUGAUCCCGGCGCUCUCGUCCUCUACGGCCGUCGUCGACGACAACCUUCUGGCUGCUGUUGUAAUCCUGCGCUUCACGGAAGAAGUCGAUAUCGGUUCCAUGACCCUCGAGUCCCAUCUGAUGGGUACUAGAAUCCUGCUGGCCGCCCAAGAAAACGCCGCCGAUUUUAGCGGUCUGCGACUUUCUGCAUUCUGGCUCGCCCUGAGGCAAGAGAUAUAUAUGGCCUUCGUUCACACACGCCCAGUCUAUCACAGCUUCUUCCCCAGCAUCAAACGAAUACAGGAACGCGGUAACAGCGACGAGAAUGCCGUGGAUUGCCAUUAUGCCAACAAAGCCGUAAGCAUUUGUGCAAUGUGUCUAAGCUACUGUUACGGCCAGGAAGACAACCAUGUAAGGAGUUACGCGCAAUUGAAAGAGGACCUUGAUGUAUGGUGGAAAGAGAAGCCAUGGUACUUCGACGCCAUGUGGGCAAAUCCAGAACCUGGUUUUCUGCUGGAAGAACAGUACAUCACCGAUGCCGCUGUCGCUGGGUUGCAGCACUAUCACCUGGCGCGGAUGCUCUUGAUCGCCCACAACCCUAAGGUUGCGAGGCUUGGGACGGCUUUCCGGGCAAUGGAGGAAGAACUCAAACAGACCGUUCGUGUGAUAUGUGGCCUUGCAGUGGCGAACGAGAGAACACCUCCAGCAUACGUGAACGCAUGCAUAGCAAUCACCAUGGCGGGCGAUCGUUUUACAGAUCGGAAAGAACAAGAGGAGUUGUACAAGAUCCUUGUCAAGACUGACAGGCGGUUGGGGUGGCCGACUCAUGCAGCACAGUCUCAGAUCAGAGAGGCUUGGGGCUGGGAAGACUCCCCAUCACCCCCUGCGAUGCCUAUUGCGGCCAUGUUGAACGCCCGCGCACGAGCUGGGACGGCGGAUUGA